AACAAAACGGUAGACUACAGAGAGAGGCGGACAAUCAAUAGGCUCACCCAAUCCCUCAAUUCUUCCCUCUCAUCACACCAAAACCCAGUAAAAAUGGUGAAAAUAGAAGAUGAAGACCCAGUGAGACGCUUCAUGAGUCUCGACUGUUGGCCUAUCUCCCCCUUCCAAAGCGACGACGUGGAGGACCAAAAUGACUCCCAAGACUCACCCUCCGACACUCAUUCUCAAUCUUCGGAUACCUACAUGGUUGGCUUUGUCAUCGUCAACAUAGUCGGUAUACAGUACUACUCGGGCACCAUCAAUGGCCGAGAAAUGGUGGGUCUGGUUCGUGAACCCUUGAACCCCUAUGACCCAAAUGCUAUAAAGGUGCUCAACACAAGGUCAGAUCAAGUGGGACACAUCGAACGGACCGCGGCGAAGGUUCUUGCACCUUUGAUUGAUCAGCAUUUGAUCUUUGUUGAAGGAAUUGUACCGAAUACGCCAGGAAAGGGGAUUAAGUAUAAGCUUCCCUGUCAAGUUCACAUUUUCUCAAGGGUUGAGGCAUUUGCUGGGGUGAAAUCAGCGAUUUCGCGAGGUGGGCUGCAUUUGAUUUCUGAUAAUGAUGCUUCAUUUGCAUUAUCAGAUGCAAUGAUAGCAAAGGAGAAAAAGGGUAGCAAGGAUGGGAAGAGUUUGGAUGAGAUAUUCAAGUUGUUGAAUGAAAAUGUGAGUAAAAAAGGAGUGUUGGAACCGUUGGAGCCGCCAAAGGAUGUGAUCACAUCGGAACUUUUUUUGCACCAGAAGGAAGGUUUGGGGUGGUUGGUUCAUAGGGAGAAUUCUUGUGAAUUGCCACCUUUUUGGGAGGAGAAAGAUGGGUCUUUUGUCAAUGUGUUGACCAAUUACCAAACGGAUAAACGGCCUGAGUCAAUACAUGGUGGAAUUUUCGCAGAUGAUAUGGGUUUGGGUAAAACUCUUACACUGCUUUCUUUGAUUGCUUUUGAUAAAUAUGGUUGUGCUGUUCUUCCUUCAAGUGAUACUGGUGCUGUAGAUUUAGAAAAAUGUGAUGAAAUAUGCAAAGAAGAGAAUUCUGUUGUUUCCGGAGGUAAAAAGUCAAAGAGGGCGAGAGUGAGUAAAAGGGACAGUAAUUCACAGAAAAAACGGAAAACUGAGGACACCAAUUUGCACAAAAAGAUGAAAGGAAAAUCAGUAGGUGAUUCAGAUAGAUCUUUUGAUGUUUUAGGUUCAAAAACGACCUUAAUUGUGUGUCCAGCUUCUGUUUUCUCGACAUGGGUAACACAGUUAAGGGAGCACACCAGGCCGGGAAGGUUGAAGGUAUACAUUUAUUAUGGAGAACGGACGAAUGAUCCUGAUGAGCUUCAGAAGUAUGAUAUAGUUUUGACAACGUAUAGUACUCUAGGUAUUGAAGAAGUAUGGCAAGAGUCUCCUAUGAAGAAGAUAGAGUGGUGGCGAGUCAUUUUGGAUGAGGCACAUGUGAUUAAGAAUGUCAAUGCUCAACAAAGCCGUGCAGUUACUAAAUUAAAUGCCAAGCGGAGGUGGGUUGUCACUGGAACACCCAUACAAAAUGGCUCUUUCGAUUUGUUUUCUCUCAUGGCUUUCUUGAGGUUUGAGCCAUUCUCAAUUAAAAGCUAUUGGAACAGCUUAGUACAACGUCCACUUGCUCAGAGGAACGAUAAAGGACUCCUGCGGCUACAAGUUCUAAUGGCAACCAUAUCGUUGAGGAGAACAAAAGACAAGAGCUUAGUUGGUUUACCACCUAAAACCAUAGAGACAUGUUUUGUGGAACUUUCUCCAGAAGAACGCGAGCUGUAUGACCAAAUGGAAGCGGAAGCUAAGAAUAUUGUCCGCAACUACAUCUCUGCUGACAGUGUAAUGUGCAAUUAUUCAACUGUACUUAGCAUAAUUUUACGACUUCGCCAGAUAUGUACAGAUCUGGCUUUAUGCCCUUCAGAUCUCAGAUCAUUGCUUCCGUCUAAAAAUAUUGAAGAUGUAUCCAACAACCCAGAAUUGCUGAGGAAGAUGGUUUCACUGCUUCAGGAUGGUGAAGAUUUUGACUGUCCAAUUUGCAUUUCAACACCAAAUGAUAUCGUUAUUACACGUUGUGCUCACCUCUUUUGCCGAUCCUGCAUCCUUAAAACCUUGAAACGUACAGCACCCUGCUGCCCAUUGUGCCGCCGUCCAUUGUCAGAAUCUGACCUCUUCUCAUCCCCGCCAGAAUCUUCCGACACAGCCAAUACUGGAGUUGCCUAUUCCAGUACAUCUUCUAAAGUGUCUGCUCUUUUAAAACUUCUUUUAGCGUCAAGAGAUCAAACCCCAACUACAAAAUCAGUUGUAUUCUCCCAAUUCCGAAAAAUGUUGAUUUUGCUUGAAGAGCCACUAAAAGUAGCUGGUUUUAGGAUAUUGCGAUUAGAUGGGACAAUGAAUGCAAAAAGGAGAGCUCAAGUAAUAGAAGAGUUUGGAAUCCCUACCCCAGAUGGGCCUACAAUCUUGCUUGCAAGUCUUAAAGCGUCAUGUGCUGGUAUAAAUCUUACUGUUGCUUCCAGGGUCUAUUUGUUGGAGCCAUGGUGGAAUCCAGCAGUUGACGAACAGGCUAUGGACCGGGUCCACCGGAUUGGGCAGAAGGAGGAUGUAAAAAUUGUGAGGAUGAUUGCUAGAAACAGCAUUGAAGAGAAGAUAUUGGAGCUACAAGAGAAAAAGAAGCUGCUUGCAAGGGAAGCUUUUGGUAGGAGGGGUCCAAAGGACCGGAGGGAGAUUACCGCAGAUGAUCUCCGUACUUUGAUGUCUGUGUGAGGUUUGCUCAUACAUGUAGGUAUGUUUUCUGUCUAAAUUUCCUGUUUCCAAAGCUUCUAGGCUCUUUUGGCAUGUAAACAUGCACAUAGUGUAUAUACAAGACAACGUUUCCUGCAUUUCUUUGGUGAAUGUGUUUUUUUAUGUAAUUCAGACGUGCAAAGUGUCUAGAAUGUGCCAUCUCUAUUCUGAAAAUUUU